UGAAGGCGUUGUAGAACAGUGUAGAACCAGCAGAAGAAAUCUCAUCUUUUCCGAAUAAUUGUAAUGACGGCCGCUAAUUGAUUACUUGUAAUUCAACGCCGAUUUACAAUUGUUCAUCAUAUACGUUAGUGAUAGUAUUUUGGAGACAGUAUUUCGGUAGAAAGUGUAAAGAAAAGGCAUAAAACUGGUGUUCGAUAAGUCACUUGGCAAUAUGCCUGCCGUCAGGGGUGAUGGAAUGCGAGGGCUCGCAGUCUUCAUAUCAGACAUAAGAAAUUGUAAAAGCAAAGAAGCGGAAAUUAAGAGGAUCAAUAAAGAACUGGCCAAUAUAAGAAGUAAGUUCAAAGGUGACAAAACUCUGGAUGGCUACCAAAAAAAGAAAUAUGUAUGUAAACUUUUAUUUAUCUUUUUGCUGGGUCAUGAUAUCGACUUUGGUCAUAUGGAAGCAGUCAACUUACUUUCAUCCAACAAGUAUUCUGAAAAACAGAUUGGCUAUUUGUUCAUAUCAGUACUGGUCAACACCAACAGUGAUCUAAUUAAGCUUAUUAUCCAGAGCAUUAAAAAUGACCUGCAGUCACGUAAUCCUAUCCAUGUCAACUUGGCUCUGCAAUGCAUUGCCAACAUUGGCAGCAAAGAUAUGGCAGAAGCAUUUGGCACAGAAAUCCCUAAACUUCUUGUCUCAGGAGAUACUAUGGAUGUGGUUAAGCAAUCUGCUGCUCUAUGCUUGCUAAGAUUGUUCAGGAAGUCACCUGAAAUUAUACCUGGAGGUGAGUGGACUUCCAGAAUCAUACACCUUCUGAAUGACCCACACAUGGGUGUGGUGACAGCAGCUACAUCUCUUAUUGAUGCCCUAGUGAAAAAGAAUCCAGAAGAGUAUAAAGGUUGCGUAACACUAGCUGUUGCUAGACUGAGUAGGAUUGUUACUGCCAGUUAUACUGACCUUCAAGACUAUACAUAUUACUUUGUACCAGCACCAUGGCUUUCAGUCAAACUUCUACGUUUGCUGCAGAAUUACACACCUCCAUCUGAAGAGCCUGGUGUCAGAGGUCGUCUAUCUGAGUGUCUCGAAACCAUUUUUAAUAAGGCUCAAGAACCUCCUAAAUCAAAGAAGGUACAGCAUUCAAAUGCCAAGAAUGCUGUGUUGUUUGAGGCAAUAAGUCUUAUCAUACACAAUGACAGUGAACCUAAUUUGCUUGUUCGGGCAUGUAACCAGCUUGGCCAAUUCCUUAGCAAUCGUGAGACCAAUUUGAGAUAUUUGGCCCUUGAAUCUAUGUGUCAUCUCGCUACAUCUGAGUUUUCUCAUGAGGCUGUCAAAAAGCAUCAAGAAGUUGUCAUCCUAUCAAUGAAAAUGGAAAAAGAUGUAUCUGUCCGACAGCAGGCUGUCGAUUUACUAUAUGCUAUGUGCGACAAAACAAAUGCUGAAGAAAUUGUCCAAGAGAUGUUAGCUUAUUUAGAAACUGCUGACUAUUCUAUAAGAGAAGAAAUGGUUCUGAAAGUAGCCAUUUUGGCUGAGAAAUAUGCCACAGAUUUCACUUGGUAUGUUGAUGUGAUACUAAAUCUUAUAAGGAUUGCUGGAGAUUAUGUGUCAGAAGAAGUUUGGUAUCGAGUUAUACAGAUUGUAAUUAACAGGGAAGAAGUCCAGGGCUAUGCUGCAAAAACAGUAUUUGAAGCUCUACAGGCACCAACUUGCCAUGAGAACAUGGUAAAAGUGGGUGGAUACAUUCUUGGAGAGUUUGGUAAUCUGAUAGCUGGGGAUACAAGAUCAUCACCUCAAGUGCAAUUUGAGUUGCUGCAUUCAAAGUACCAUUUGUGUUCUGCUGCAACGAGGGCACUUCUAUUAUCUACAUACAUUAAACUUGUUAACCUUUUCCCAGAAAUCAAAAAUCGGGUUCAAGAAGUAUUUCGUGCUGACUCCAACUUGCGCUCCUCUGAUGUUGAAUUACAGCAAAGAGCAUCUGAAUAUCUUCAGCUCAGUAUUGUGGCCAGUGCUGAUGUUUUAGCUACAGUGCUGGAAGAAAUGCCUGCUUUCCCUGAAAGAGAAUCUUCCAUUCUUGCUGUUUUGAAGAAAAAGAAACCUGGGCGCAUUCCAGAUGAUGUAAGAGAAUCAAAGAGUCCACAACCAACUGCAGCACCUACUGCUGUGAUUAACUCUACUAAUAAUACAAACAGCUCAAGUGCAGAUUUGCUAGGACUCUCCACUCCCCCAGGCACUACAGCUCCAGCUACUGGGAAUGGAUUGCUUGAUGUACUUGGAGAUCUUUACACAGCCCCUAAAAUCAGUCCUAGCACAGUGCAGCAAAACAACAUAAAGAAAUUCUUAUUCAAAAAUAAUGGAGUGCUAUUUGAAAAUGAUUUAAUUCAGAUUGGAGUCAAAAGUGAAUACAGACAGAAUUUGGGAAGGAUUGGUUUGUUCUAUGGCAAUAAGACUCAGUUCCCUAUUCAGAAUGUUCGCCCUGAAUUGCACUGGACAGACUUGCACAAACUGAAUGUGCAGAUGAAACCUAUGGAACCAGUACUAGAAGCAGGUGCUCAGAUCCAACAAAUGCUUACUGCUGAGUGCAUUGAAGAUUUUGUUGAUGCUCCAAGUAUGUCAGUUUCAUUUGUGUACAAUAAUGUGCCCCAGAAAAUUACUAUGAAACUUCCGCUCACACUGAACAAAUUCUUUGAACCUACUGAAAUGAAUGGUGAGUCAUUCUUUGCCAGAUGGAAAAACCUAGGAGGAGAACAACAGCGAGCACAAAAGAUAUUUAAAGCUCAAGGAUCCAUUGACAUACCUGCUACAAGAACCAAAUUGGCUGGAUUUGGUAUGCAGUUGUUAGAUGGUAUUGACCCUAAUCCUGAUAACUUUGUGUGUGCUGGUAUUGUCCACACCAGAGUACAGCAAGUGGGAUGUCUAAUGAGAUUGGAACCAAAUAAACAAGCUCAAAUGUUUAGACUGACUGUAAGAUCUAGCAAGGAAACAGUCUCACAUGAAAUAUGCAAUCUGUUAGCAGAUCAAUUUUAAGUUUAGUUAAAGAAAACAAGAAAUGAACAACAUUGUUAGACAAUGAAGUUGGUGUUAUAGUCGCCUAGAAGUUCACAGUCACUUUACUGGUAGAGUUGAUAAAAAUAAAUGCGUACAAUUUGGAAAAUAUACUAUGCAGAACA